GGCGCGGUGAGAGGCUGGCGCUGGGAAGUGUCUGUAGCUAAAGCUCUUGCUGCCCCUCGGAAGACCUUAGAGUGAUUUUGCAGAUUCUGCUUGUUGUUUGCCUCUUAAAAACGCCAGGAUGUCCAAGAAAAUUAAUGGUGGUUCUGUGGUAGAAAUGCAAGGAGAUGAGAUGACAAGAGUUAUAUGGGACCUGAUUAAAGAGAAGCUAAUUUUGCCCUACGUAGAGUUGGAUUUACACUGCUAUGAUUUGGGCAUAGAAAACCGUGAUGCCACUGAUGAUCAAGUCACAGUGGAUGCUGCAGAAGCUAUUAAAAAGUACAACGUUGGCAUCAAAUGUGCCACUAUUACACCUGAUGAGAAGAGGGUAGAAGAAUUCAAUUUGAAACAAAUGUGGAAAUCUCCAAAUGGAACUAUCAGAAAUAUUCUUGGAGGCACAGUGUUUAGAGAGGCCAUCAUCUGCAAAAACAUCCCAAGACUUGUUUCAGGAUGGGUCAAACCUAUUAUCAUUGGUCGUCAUGCAUAUGGUGACCAGUAUAGAGCAACUGACUUUGUGGUGCCUGGGCCAGGUAAAGUGGAAAUAUCAUUCACACCUAAGGAUGGAGGGGAGGCCAUCAAGUAUGUUAUCCAUAAUUUUGAAGACUGUGGAGGGGUUGCGCUCGGAAUGUACAACACAGAUCAAUCCAUUAGAGACUUUGCACACAGUUCUUUCCAGAUGGCUUUGUCUAAAAGCUGGCCCCUGUAUAUGAGUACCAAAAACACCAUUCUCAAGAAAUAUGAUGGGCGAUUCAAAGAUAUAUUCCAGGAAAUAUAUGAGAAGGAUUACAAGUCCCAGUUUGAAGAAAAAAAAAUCUGGUACGAACACAGGCUUAUUGAUGACAUGGUAGCACAAGCAAUGAAAUCUGAAGGAGGCUUCAUCUGGGCUUGCAAAAACUAUGACGGGGAUGUGCAAUCCGAUUCUGUUGCUCAAGGUUAGAAACAAAUGUCCACCUUUAAAACUGCAAUACACGCCUAUGUUGAAAACGUAUUCUCUAUAUUCCAGAUCUAGACCAUGUAGUUUUUGUACCUAAGGCAAUGUGCCUAUAAUAUUUGGCACAAUGCCCUAUAAAGCCCAAACUGCAAGUUCCCCUUUUUCUUCCUUUUUUGUUGUGCUUAGCACACAGAGGGAGCCCAUGCUUUUAGGUUGAGAGCUGAGCGCAGACUCACUCUUUAAAGAAAGACCUGUGUCACACUGGGAUGCACAUAACUAGGUUAGGAACAGGUAGCUAAUUAAAGGUACUCUUUUUUUAUAUUUAUGGGUAUAAAUAUUAAAUGUAUUUAAAAAUAAUGCAUCCGAACAAGUUAAUCCUAAUUUAUUUAUAGGCUGUGUGGAUGAUAGUUCCAUAGACCCAUACCCUAUUAGAAUGCUAAUAAUUUACUAACAUGUAAGCUGUACAGAUGCUCAAAGGAAGCAUAUUCUACCCUUUUUCUGAAAAAAAGGAGAGAUGAAAAAAGUUAUGGUUGAUAUAAUUUAACUGAACAGAAAAUUCACAAAAUUUGGCUUGUCCUCCUAACUUUGAAUUUCUGUCUUGUUUUAUAUUUGAUGAUGCAGUGCAUGUCAGUUUAUUCACAACCUUAUAUAUCUUUUGUAAGGAUAUGGCUCUCUUGGCAUGAUGACAAGUGUGUUGAUAUGUCCUGAUGGGAAGACAGUGGAGGCAGAAGCAGCCCAUGGGACAGUAACCCGGCAUUAUAGAAUGCAUCAAAAAGGACAAGAAACAUCAACCAACCCCAUUGCUUCUAUCUUUGCCUGGACAAGAGGCCUGGAUCAUAGAGCAAAACUGGAUAAUAACCAAGAACUUAAGAACUUUGCAACAACCUUAGAGGAAGUCUGUGUUGAAACCAUUGAGGCUGGAUUUAUGACUAAGGACCUUGCUGCUUGUAUUAAAGGUUUACCAAAUGUGCAGCGAGCUGACUACUUGAGCACCUUUGAAUUUAUGGACAAACUAGCUGAAAAUCUGCAGCUGAAACUUGCUGCUCACCCUAAGCUGUAACAGAGAUCUUACUGGGAGAACUUAGCUGUCAUACACUGCACUUGGUUUACAACUUCUCAAAACGAAGUUAAAUGUCCGUCCCUAGUUAGUGCAUAGGUGAACAAACUUGAACUUUACAUUUAUUUGCAGUAAUUUAAUUGUAACAGAAGGUUCUAAUUUACAUAUUAUGUUUUGUUGGUAAUUCAGAACCAUAAAUAAAUGAACUUCUCAUUAUACUUAAGGGGACCACUGCACCCUCAACUUAAUAUAUCAGCAUAAAUCAGGGAAAACAGUCUUAUUCCUAAAAUAUUUUAUACUGUGCCUUCAAGUAAGAAAAUGCUUUGCUACAUGUGGAUUAACAUAAAUGGUUAUCUGGUGCAUAGCUCAUAUGUGAUUAAGACCUGGAAAAAAAUUGUACAGGUAAAUACAAACCAUUACACUUGUGAAGAUUUGGAUUCAUUUAUUUUGUACAGCGUACAAAAAACACUGAUCAGAAUGUGCUAGUAUAAAUGUUUUCAUUACUGGCAAAUGUUGUAUUCAUUUACUUGAAACUGCAAGGCAGUUCACUACAACAGAGAUAAGACUGAAUGUUGGUUCCACUAGUGUAUUGCUCUGGGGGAUCCCCUGCAUAUCGCACAUGAAACUGGCUCUGUAUGUAGCCAGAGUUCUUUACAAAAUGUUAGUGUAAUUCAAUGCAAUUUGUUGACCAGGCAAUGAGGAGUGUACUAAGGAGGGGGAAAAUGCUUCUAAUCACCCUAAUUUACUUGUAUGGUAAUCCCCUGCAAGUGUCAUAUGUCCAUCUCAGGCGAAUGUUGCAUAUUACCGCUGACUGUCGUGUUUCUGAGCAACAACUUCCUUGGGCAGGCAAUUGCUAUUCAAGUAAAUGGAGAUGUGAUUUUUAAGGGCUCUGUCCCCCCCCGCCUCCACCAUGAGCACUCCCAAGUCAUGGGCAUAACAUGCUUGAUAUUGUCUGCCAUUUAAUAUCCAAUACUUUUUCUUUUGUUAAUUAAUGCAGGCCUGUUGUUUUACUAGUUAAGUAACUUUUUUGGCUCAGGAAUUGUUUUUUUACAGACCACAUUUAAGGUUUCCUGAUAACUAAUCGUUUGUACAUAUUUCUCAUGUUUAGCUUUAUUGAAAUUACAUAUCAUUUAUCUGUACAGAAUUAUUCUAGGUUACAAAAAGGUAUCAGCCUGAUUGUCUGUUAGUGGAGGUCUAUUUUUUUACUCAUGUUAAUUGAAAAGUAGGCCUUUAACAUAAUGAACACUAUUACCUAUUGACUCAUUUUGCAUACAAAACACAUUUGUUCUCUGUUUUAAUAAAUUUUAUGCAGUA